UAUUUUUACCUCCUUUUCUCUAUUUCUUGCAGACAGAACAGAGCUGACAUAAAGAGCAGAAGACAUGGCCGUGGUUAGUGGAACUUACCGUAUGGUAUCGGAGGAGGAGCAGGCUCUCCGGGCCAAGCUGGAGCGUCUCACUGUCAAGGACCACGGGCCGGUGUUCGGACCCUGCGCCAGCCUGCCGGACCACACCAAGCAGAAGGCCAAGGACGAGCUGAACGAGACAGAUGAGAAGAAAGUGUCCGCGGCGAAGGAGCUGCGAGACAUGAUAAAGGAGAAGGCUGAUGGAGGGGACGACCUGGCCAAGGGUGUGCAGGACACGUUUGGGGAGAAACCAGACAGUAUGCUGGUCCGCUUCAUCCGUGCCAGGAAGUACGACGUGCCCAGAGCCUAUGACCUCAUGAAGGGAUACGUGCGUUUCAGGAAGGAUUACCCUGAGCUGUUUGAGAAUCUGACCCCGGAGGCCGUACGCAGCACCAUCGAGGCCGGAUACCCCGGCAUCCUGCAGAGCAGAGACAAGUACGGCCGCGUGGUUCUGCUCUUCAACAUCGAGAACUGGGACUAUGAGGAGAUCACAUUCGAUGAGAUCCUGCGUGCCUACUGUGUGAUUUUGGAGAAGCUGCUGGAGAACGAGGAGACUCAGAUCAACGGGUUCUGCAUCAUCGAGAACUUUAAGGGCUUCACCAUGCAGCAGGCGUCAGGAAUCAAACCCACGGAGCUGAAGAAGAUGGUGGACAUGCUGCAGGAUUCAUUCCCUGCCCGUUUCAAAGCUGUGCACUUCAUCCACCAGCCCUGGUACUUCACCACCACCUACAACGUGGUCAAACCGCUCAUGAAGGGCAAGCUGCUGGAGAGAGUGUUUGUCCACGGAGACGAGCUGGAAAACUACUACAAGGAGUUCGACGCUGACAUCCUUCCCUCUGAGUUUGAUGGAAAAAAUUCUAAGUACGACGGCAAGGCCACAUCCGCCAAACUGUUCGACUAAAACGUCCUCCUCCCUUCUUUUUCUGCACCAAACCCUGCAGAAUGUGGAGACUCAAGGCCCAAAUCUAGCUGCGUGGUUGUAGGGAAACAUGUUAUGAAGUUCAGAGGAUGUUGUUUUCCAGAAGCUCUGACAAAGCACAGUCCAACAGAAAGCCACUUACACUUAAAUUAUACCACGCUAUACCGGUUUGGUUGAAAAUAUGUAAAAAUGCUAACAUAAUUAAACAAAUAUUUAAACACUCUGGGUUGCCUUUCUGCUUUCAGUCUGCAAAAACAACACUUGAGAAUGGAAUCAAAUAAAACAUACUUUUACUAAACAAAAUUCAACAGUGAGCCAAACACACCAAUAAAAAACAAAGAUGGUUACAUUUAAAAGUGCUAUUUUCUACUGAUUUUUGCAGAAUUUAAAUGUAAAAUUGUAUAAAAUAUUCACAUUUAUCCGAAGAAAAGUGCUUCUCAUUCGUCUUUGAGGUUUUCCGUCUCUCACCUCUCUAUUUGUGCAUUGUUUGGACUGUAUUUCAGCCACACAGCUUGUUUUCUAAACUCUGGCAGGCUCCAGCUUUCUGAGUUUCCACCCUCUGCCCCCCUUCGUCUCUCCUUGAAGUACGAGGCUGAUAUUCAACAAGUGCCUGUCUCUCUCCCGUGUGUUUUUCAGUAUGAAUAUGAUGAAGUUUGAACCCAUCGUGCUUCCUGGUGCACCAAUAAGAAUGUCAAUAAAUGUACAAUAAACUGUAU